CUCGCCAGCUUCCGCCUCGGCGCCGUCGAGUACGCGCUCCGGGCCAUCCCGCUCGGCGGCUACGUCGGCUUCCCCGACGACGACCCCGAGUCCGGCUUCGCGCCCGACGACCCCGACCUCCUCCGCAACCGCCCCGUCCCGGACCGCCUCCUCGUCGUCUCCGCGGGGGUCAUCGCCAACCUCAUCUUCGCCUUCCUCAUCAUCUACGCCCAGGCGGUCACCGUCGGCGUCCCCGUCCAGGCGCUGCUCUCCGGCGUCCUCGUCCCCGACGUCGUGCCCGGCUCCGCCGCCGCGCGCUCCGGGCUGCUCGCCGGCGAUGUCAUCCUCGCCGUCCCCGGCGCCGCGCCGGACCCGUCCGUGCCGGCCCUGGUCGACCUCAUCAAAUCCAGCCCCAACAAGAAGGUCCUCCUCAAGGUGUCAAGAGCCGGGCCUGCGGCCGGGGACAAGCAGCAGUUCCUCGACCUCACCGUCGUGCCGGACACGAGCGUCGACGGGACGGGGCGCAUCGGCGUGCAGCUCUCGCCCAACUACCGGGCCACGCGCGUGCACCCAAGGAACGCGUCCGAGGCCACCGUCCUCGCCGUGCGCGAGUUCAGGGCGCUGGGCGGGGCGGUGCUCGACGGGCUCCGGCAGACGUUCCUCAACUUCUCGCAGACGGCGGAGAAGGUGUCGGGCCCGGUGGCCAUAAUCGCCGUCGGCGCGGAGGUGGCGAGGUCGAGCGCCGACGGGCUGUUCCAGUUCGCGGCGAUCAUCAACCUCAACCUCGCGGCGAUCAACCUGCUGCCGCUGCCGGCGUUGGACGGCGGGACGCUGGCGCUGAUCCUUCUGGAGGCGGCCCGCGGCGGGCAGAAGAUCCCACGUGAGAUCGAGCGGAGGAUAAUGUCGUCGGGGAUAUUGCUGGUGCUCAUGGUCAGCAUGUUCCUCAUUGUGCGCGACACGCUCAACCUAGACUUCAUCAAACAGAAUAUGUAGAUUCUUUUAAGUCCGAGAGAACAUUUUGCGGUAAAUCUGUUCCUGUUUGUAAGACGAAGCCAUGCACGUAUGUAUCUCUUGCACAAAUUCUUACAAAAAGCAACGGAGAUAGUAGAACCGAUUUGCAACCAUGUAUACACUCUGCCUCAAGCCAUACUCUGACUCUAGUCACAUUGCGUAUCUGAUAUGAAGGAACAGAGGUUUUAGACGA